AUGUCUAAAAAUGAUGGACACAAACCAGCCUGGUGUUGUCUUGCACUGAAAUCCUUGCCGCAGGAGGCCACAGUGAAAUUUCCACCCGUCCAGAAGGUGUCUUUCUCUGCCUUUGUUAGAGCUACUGAAACUAUGUCAGAAGAAAGAACAGAUUCAGAAUGUACAUCUUCAGAAGGAACGUCAACCACACGUAAAAGGGCACCUCCCUUUUCCAGACAGGAACUACUUUUCAUGGUUGAAUUUCUACAAAGCAAAGAAUAUGGCGUUGGGGAGAAAGGCUCCAUCAAUAGUAAGAAAGCUGACAUCCUCCAAGAUUUGGUCAAAGCAAUGGAAGACAAAUUUGGAAUCUUACAUACGGAACGCCAAAUACAAAAGCGUUAUUCAGAUUUAAAGGUCCGAGAACAGGAGACAUACCAGAGCAUUUUAAGGAAGAUUCAAAGAGACCAGGAGAAGGAGACAGUUAAUUUACAACCAUGUCCACCAAGUCAAGAAAGCCCACUACCAAAUCCAGUUGCUGUUAGUACAUUGACACAGGAUGAUCUGCCAAAUUCUGAAGACCUAAUUACAUUGACCUUUGAGACCAUUCCCAGUGCCAAUGUGAUGGAGGCCACUCCAAACAACGACUUGCUGACGAAUCUGGCUGAAAAGAUUGCUGAUGUUGAGAAUCGCCUUGUUGCCCAUUUAAACCACAAUUUGACCAUUUUGGCAGAAAAAAUUGAUACAUUAGGGGGCAAGUUAGAACAGCGAAUGGCAAACCUUGAACGGGAAAUAGAAUCCAUAAAGAAAAACUCCCUUCUAAUGGACACUUGAUCCCUUAAAAUGUUAAUGGUGAAAGUUCACCAUGUGGUGAACUCAAAGUUUGUUUGCUCCUUUGUGUGAAAUAGCUGGAUUAUCUGGCAAGUUAUGGUGGUUUCACACAUUGUUUAAAAAAGAUUGUGUACGGCAUUCGGAAGGUAGAGGUGCAACCACACACUGCUGCAUGCAGUCCCGUAUGUCAUAGUUCUUUGGAGCAAUCGCAAUGAAACGCAAUAUCUUGUUGGCUCCAAUUUGCAAACUUAUGUGCUUUACAAGUGGUCCUAAAACAACAGUUUACUUUGGUUUUUUGUGGGGAUGCAAAACGCAUACCUUUGUUAUUUGGAGCCAAACAGUUAAAGCAUUGGACUCUCGUCACUCUUAGAAAUAUACGGUAUAUUGGACGGCAUACAGCAUUGUGAGUUUCCUCCUCUCCCUGCCGUAUGCGUUAUUUGAUUGUUUAAAUUUAGGAGUGAAACCACCCAUAGGGCAGGUUCACACAGCGUUUGUCCCUCCGAUUCCCGCAUACGGAGUCUGCUAGGAGGGGGUGGAUAAGUGUCUGGUGGUGGGGUUAAGGCCGCAGAAUCCCAAACAACCGUAGCUUCAAAUGGGUGUAAUGAUGUUAUUUUGUCACGUCUAAUCCAACCAUCGUGAUCCACAGCCUACGGGUGGUUCUGUUUUUGCCCUCAGGUGAUUUUGCGGAUGUCCCAAAAACUGUAGUAGACUACUUUUUAUGAUCCGGUUGUGGAAGAUAAAUUUGGGCCAGAAUGUAGGUGAGCAGAGGCAGUUGGUCUCUCCAUUCGGCUGAUACGUGGUGAUAGAAUAACCUUACCCCAGGUUCCCGCUACGGUUGGGGGCAGUUUGUAAAAACACCCCUCCACCCACCCCUCUCCAGAACCGUAUGCGUGAACCUGUGGGAGAAAGCCAGUGUGAAACAGCACUUAGUUUGUUUAACGACUGUAGAAAGUUUUUUUUUUAGGAAUAAUUUUGGCACGGCAGUGCCCAGCUAGCCUAUCUUUCUAAUGCAAUGUUUUCCAAAACGUGCAAUGCUCCCACAUUGCUCCCAUUGUGCCGGCUGUGCCCAAGUG